CAAACCGAGGAGGCAACCAAGCCACACACUCUCUCUCUCUCUUUCCUCCCAAAUCCGCACGGCUCCCGUGCUCUCCUCUCCUCUCCUCUCAAAACCCUCCACGGCGGCGGCGGCGGGACUCCCUCUCUGGCGAGGCCUCGUCCUCUUCCUCCGUGAGAAAAUAUGGAUGGGAACAUCGAGAAUCCUGCGGAGGACAUGAGUGGGAUUGCCAGUAAUCUUGAUAAUGAGGAGCAGGCGAUUCCUCUCAGUGAUGUGCCUGAGCAGUACAAGGAAGAUCCAGAAAAUACAUAUGACGAAGAAACCAAAGACUCAAGCUAUGAAGAAUCAGGGAUCCCAUACAAUGAAGAUCAGGUGAACAUAAAUGAUGGAAAUGUGGGGCAUCAGCAUGAAGAGGACCAAGCUAUCCCCUCAGAAGAAGGGCAUGCCUAUGGUGGAGAAGCUCAGGGAGAGCAGCAGGCCAAUGCAGUAACUGAUGAGAAGAAAUGGCCAGGUUGGCCUGGAGAAAGUGUGUUCCGUAUACUUGUUCCAGCCCAAAAAGUGGGCGCUGUCAUUGGCCGAAAAGGGGAGUUUAUCAAGAAAAUGUGUGAGGAGUCCAGAGCUCGCAUAAAGGUGCUUGAUGGACCACCAGGGGUACCAGAUAGAGCAGUAAUGAUUUCAGCAAAAGAUGAACCAGAUGCACCAUUACCUCCUGCUGUUGAUGGAUUGCUUAGAGUUCACAAGCGGAUAACAGAUGGUUUAGAUGGUGAAUCUGAUCAACCUCAACGUGCUGCUGGUACUGUAGGGCCAACACGGCUACUGGUGCCAGCUUCUCAAGCUGGCAGCCUGAUUGGCAAGCAAGGAGCAACCAUUAAAUCCAUACAGGAUGCUUCUAAGUGUGUUCUCCGAAUUCUUGAAAGUGUACCACCUGUUGCAUUAAGUGACGACCGAGUUGUUGAGAUACAAGGUGAACCUCUAGAUGUCCACAAAGCAGUGGAACUGAUUGCAAGUCAUUUAAGAAAAUUUCUUGUUGACCGCAGUGUGCUCCCUUUGUUCGAAAUGCAGAUGAAAGUGCACAAUGCGCACAGAGAGCAACCUAUGCCACCUCCUCAGACGUGGGGUCCUCCUCCACCGUGGGGUCAUCCAUCAAACGUUCCUCCUGGUGGCCCAGGUUAUGGUGGUAAUCCACAGUUCAUGCCUCCUCGGCCUCAAGACCACUAUUAUCCUCCUCCUGAUGUACCUCCUGUCGAAAAGCAACCACACUAUGGAAUUUCUUCAUAUGGCCGUGAUGCACCUCCUACUGGUGCUCCUCCUGCCUCAGGGAAUCAACACCCACCACAUGGUUCUUCUCAAAUAACACACAGCAUGCAAGUUCCUCUUUCCUACGCUGAUGCCGUGAUUGGGGCAGCUGGUGCUAGUAUCAGCUACAUUCGCAGGCAUAGUGGUGCAACAAUAAGUAUUCAGGAAGGUGUUCCUGGAGAAAUGACUGUGGAGAUAUCAGGAAGUGCUUCACAAGUUCAAACUGCCCAGCAACUGAUCAAGAAUUUCAUGGCUGAAGCUUCUCCCCAAGGCCCCCCACAAGCUCCUGCUCCUCCUGCUCAACCAGUCGACACGGGCUACAGCUCCUACCCACCGUACGAGGAACAUCAUACGGAUCUCCUCCUGGCGGCGCAGGUCCUCACAACGGUGGAAGCUAUGGCGGUGCGCCACCCCCCUACCCUCCGAGCUACGGAUACUAGUUGUUUGGAAGCGCCCUAGGCUUUAGAAAGAGUGGGAUCUUCUGGUUUUGUUCUGUUCGUCUGUCAAGAACUCUCAGAUUAUUGGUUGUUAGGACUUCCUGAACGCUUUAGUUAUGGUGUAAACUGCUUUCUGACGGCGGCAGCAAAUGUUCCCUGUUUCCUCAUAUGCUGUCUAGCUUCUCAUGUGUCGUAAAAUGGAGCCCAUUUUAACCUAAUAUUUCCUUCAUGCACUCUUCUUCCCUAAUGCUGCUCCUGUCAAAACCUAAUCUUUUAUACUACCUCCGUUUCAAAAUGUUUGA